GCUACACACAAACAUGAAAGAAUUUCUUUUCAAAGCAUCAAAGAACCAGAGGUUACGUAAUAAACAUGCGCGCAAGGCAUGCCGAAUAUAUUUUCGAUCGCGCCAGGCGAAACCUUUUCUAAUCAACCUCUUUCAUUUGAAUCAAUCGGGAAGCUAUAGUGGAGCGGCUGAGGGGAAGCCUCGUUAACGUGUGAUCUCCCUUGAGAAAACAAGUACUACGUCACGAUUGGCUUGCAAGUCAAACCAAGUAGGGUUAAUCCGACCAGCUGCGCAGUGGCCGUGGUUUCCCGGACGGACGAACUGUGACAGAUGAUGAUGACAUUAGUGCCCUAGGCUGAGCUCAAGACACUCGCUGAUCUGCUAGAACCUCCGCAGAGUCCCGAUCAAUCUGGAGCACCCGAGGAGAGAGGAACUUCGUUUCGAUGUUUAACAACCAUCCCGGAGCAUUCUUGCUCUCUUUCGUUUUAAAUCCAAGGAUUUCAUCAUUCUUGGGCUGACAUUUCAAAGAACGCCAUUUGCGAGGCUCGUGCGGCGCAACUUUUUAAGCACAGCGGAGCCGCGGAUGAGCGGAUCUCGACGUGCCUUCUUCGGCACCUGCACAACGCAUAGCCCAACAGGUGUGAUGGCAGUCGGCGUACCGCAUGUGGACAUGGAUGAAGACACAUGCAACACAAUUUACUGAAGCGGGAGCGAACGAGCAAGGAUUGAAAGUUCUGUCGAAGAAGAAAGAGCCGCGACGGGUGCCAAAAUGAACUGUAACUGCCCCCGCUGGAGGAUCUUACAUCUGAUACUUGCCACCCUUUCAAAUGUCGUCGCCCAAGACUUCAACAAUAAGGAGCUGACUGACACAAAGAGUCCAGUGCCUUUCCCCAUCUUCUUGCCAGUCAGCUACGAGGUUCAGGAUUCUGACUUCCUCUUCUUGAAAGAAGCAGGGCAGGACUUAAUGAGGAAUUUCAGCAUGCAGAGUAACACGCAGCCCUUUGUUAUUUUGAGAGCAGGCCGCCAGCCGGCUGUCAUCGCAAGCUAUGGCCCAAUGUCCACAGAGCAGCUUGUGCCUCUGGAUCUGGUCCAGUCUGUGCAGCUCUUCAAUGCCCCUAACGCCUUCACCUUCAACUGGAAGAUUCAGGCCUUCGUGCUAACACCUCGGGUCUUCUCCACCAAGCCCAAAGUGCGGGUGCUCUUCUACGUGGCAGGAAGAGACUGGAACAGGGACGAAGGAGCUGAGGAUGAGCUACCAUGUGUGACAGUCUAUGCUUUCUGGCAAACCCAGGAGGUGAGGUGUUCCUGUGCCAUGGGAGGUGAGAGGGGAACUUGCGUGGCUGAGCUACUACCUUUGCCUGGCUGGUUCGGUCAGGGGUCUGAAAGCACCAGCGGGGAGAAACAGGCCCCAUCAGCUGGGAACCUUGUAGAGCUCUACUACCAGGCACAGCCCAAAGUCAGCGGCAAGUGUAACACACUAGAUGGGACUCGUUGGGGAAGCUCACAACAGCAGCAGGGGGAAUACGUCCCCGUCACGCCCAUGCAGAGGAUUGGCAGCGUGCGUCUCCUGCAGGUGCCCAAAGGAAUGGCCACACUCUCUCGACUCAAACUUGGCAAUUCCAUCAUCAUACGGACAUCCUCCAAACCGCUGAAGAAGACCGACAUCGCUACCUUCUACAUCCUCAUGGCCAGCUCUGCUCAGCUGACUAACUUCACUCUCAGAGCAACAAUAAAGAACGGCGUGACCUUUCGUACAGCAACACCAAGUAACUCAUUACUGUGGGACAUCACACUGGAUACGGGUGCAGAUGGAGCCAUCUCUGUUACUUGUCAGAGGAAGGCUCCCAUACCUGGAAAAAGGCUUGAAAGCAGUCUGUUGGAGGUGCUUCAAAUGGAUUUUGAGGUUGAUGAGCUAAACAGCCCCGUCAACAGUCAAGUGAUCAUAUGGAAGCUGGAGCUCUCAUCCAAAAAUACAGCCAAGACUGAAGGAGCAAUGAGGAUCUACACCACUCAGAGAGACUUUGUUGGCCUGGCCUCUCUUAUUAUGGACACCGAGAUCCUGAACACUGCAAUCCUGACUGGAAAAAAGGUGGUGGUACCUGUAAGAACAGUCGCUGUUGACGAAGAUGGCCAGAUCACUGAUGUUUCGGAAUAUGCAGAAUGCAGCUCUACUGAUGAAGAUGUUCUCAAGGUCUCGGACAGGUGUGACUAUGUUUUUGUAAAUGGCAAGGAGACAAAAGGCAAAGUCAAGAUGGUAGUAAACUUUACCUACAGCUACCUCAGUGCUCAACUUGAGCUGAAUGUGUGGUUGCCCCGGCUCCCUCUCCGACUGGAGGUGUCGGACACAGAGCUGAGCCAAAUCAAAAGCUGGAGGGUCCCUAUACUAACGACCAAGAGAUCUGGCUGGAACAGCCAAAUCGAUGAAAAAAAGGGAAAGGGCUGUACAUUGCAGUUUCAGCACGCUCUGGUGCGUGUGCUAACCCACUUUGUGGCCGAGCAGGCGGACCCUCGGGACUCUCAGGCCUAUUUCCUGGGCUCUGACUGGCAGGUGGAUGUAACAAGACUUGUUAGAUACUUUAUGAAAGUGGAAGAUCCUCGUGUGGCAAAGCUGCGUGCCGGGAGGGUGCUAUCCGGCCAGGACAUUGGGACCACUGCCAUCCAGGUGUUUUCUCCACUCUCUGAUGCAGUCUUGGCCAAAACAAUGGUGAAAGUCACAGAUGAAAAAGUCACCAUUACUGAACUGGGGGUCCAGAUGGUUGCAGGUCUCUCAAUGACCCUACAGCUCAGCACCGGAAGCAACAGGGUCAUUGUGGCAACCACAACUACAGAGGAAGUUCUGAGGUUGCCCAAACAGGAAGCCAUGGUCAGUGCAUGGGUCCAGUUCAGUGAUGGCAGCCAGACACCUCUUGACAUAUACGAUGCUGCCUCUUACCGUGUGACGGUGUCUACCCUGGAUCAGGGCGUGGUGUCGGUGCGUGGCGCCCCUCCAGCCGUGGUGGCAGAGGGAGAGGGCGAAGGAGUUCUGGUCCGGGUGGAAAUGUCUAUCUGUGAGGCCUGUCAGAAGUCCAAACGGAAAAGCACUGUAGCUGUGGGCAACGGCAAUCUUAAGGUCAAGUUUCAGGUGAAAAGUCGACCACCAGACAAAAAGAAUGACGGUGUGGACUUCCGAAAUGACGGGGAAGAGAUUGACAGGAAGCAAAGGAGACCAUCAGAGGUUCCUUCUCCACACAUCACAUUGACGAGAGAUGAGAGCCCCUUGGCAAAGUCCACAAUCAAAUCUCCAGAAGGAACGUUCAUGACCAGCGGCAGCCUCGGGGGCGUGGGGAAACCAAGCACUUCGGGAAGCAGCCCCACCAGCGCGGUCAAUAUCAGUAUGAUGAGCAGCCCCGGCGACGGCGGAAAAGCGUCUGGCCCUGACAAUAUGAUAGUGGACAGUGUUCGUUUCACAAGUACUGUCAAAGCUCCCGGUAACCUGGUCAACUCCAAUAAUUUCCCCACUAAAAUUCUUGCGCCUGGACAAGAGUCAGUGGAGGUGGAGAUCAGCGGAGAGGAAGAUAUGUUGACAAACAGACCCCUGACAGACUUAGAGAUUGGGAUGUAUGCUCUCCUGGGGGUCUUUUGCCUGGCCAUCCUGGUAUUUCUUGUAAAUUGCAUAUCAUAUGUUGUAAAGUUUACACAAAAGAAGUCUCCGUCACAUGGCCAGGAGCACACAGGUCAUAGGCAUGACUGGGUGUGGCUUGGUACGGACGCUGAACUUGUAAUGAGCGUCCCGGGAAGUCCCGUUCAACAAGACUCGCAAACUAUGACCACUGUGAUAGACAUUGGGCCUGAUAAAACCGCCUCACUGUCCAGAAGCCCCAGUUGCCUGGCAUCAGUCACAGACUCUCCAAUUAGUUGCGUGGGCGCCUUCAGGAGCAAAGCAUUGCCCCCAGAUUCCCUACCCUCACCAACCAGCAAGAGGAAGCGAGUCCACUUCACCACCUUUUCCACAUUGGAGUACCAGCAUUCACCGCAGCUCUCACAAAGGGAGAAUGGACACGGCAUCCACUGGGUUGGGAAGGAAGAGUAUUGUGACGAGGGACCCCAAGUACCCAUUACAGACCCCAGGGACAGUGGACAAUCGUGAGUCUGAUCAGAUUUCACAUUGCAAAUAAUGUGGCUUUGAUCACCUCAAUGCCUUUGUUGACGCGCUGUCACAAACAUGGACGGGAUGAAAAUAAACACCAAUCCUUUUCAUAACCUGUUAAGGCCUUUUUAGGUGUACUGUACACAUACUGUAAAAUAUUGUUCAUAAUAAAGAAAUGAGUCCAUGUCCGACUUGACAUAAUAAGCCACCAAAUGCUAUGCUGCAUGUGGAUAUACAAUUCUUCAAAUGUUUGCUCUUCCUGAUGACAGACAUUGAAGAGCUUAUAAAAUGCAAUACGGAAAUACAGAGCCCACAUGGGUUUUAAAUCCAUGAUAGUCACAUAUAGUGUCUAUGUCUAUUAAGCAACAGAUGAGGCUUUUUUUUGGUGGGUGUUAUCAUUUGGUGUUUGGUUACCCACGAUAAAUUUGAAAUGUAUUUUGAUUUUUUUUUACCUGAUUCUGACCAGUUCCUUUAAUAACCAGCCUGUUGCAAAAUAUGAAAAUUGUUGGAAGUGUUCGUGUUAACACCGGAAUUAAGCCGUAUGAAGUGUUCCUCGUGUGCAAACGUUCCCGUGUAUUUAAUCGGAGAUGCCCUGACAUGAGUAAGAAAUGCAACCCAAUUUAGGUCAUGUCAAAUGGAAAAAUGUAGAUUAAUACUUGUGCAGGUGAAUCCAAAAUGUGACUUUUUAACUGGCAGAGUAUCAAGAUUUGUUCAGAAAAACAAAACAGGCGCUUAUAUGAAAUGGCAUACUAUGAUUGGAUGGUCAAUAUCUUUGCAGCUGCAACAAAAGCAAUGUGCUAUGUCAAAGCAAAUGUUUCCCCAUGUACUUUUCGAAAAU